AUGCCUGUCUUAUCUCAUGGCUCGCUGUUAACCUUCCUGAUAGAGCACGUUGCUGCCAGGUCCUUCUACCACUCGGCAACUCUGCCUCUUGCACUGCUUACGGGAGCUUUGGCCCUUUGCACCCUUCCCAGCUGGGGCGCGUGGCCCAAGGGCUUCUCGCGCUUCGUGGUGAUCUACCUCAGUGCCUGGACGCUUUGCGUGGCUUCGGAUUGGCUGCAAGGACCGUAUGUCUAUGCACUCUAUGAGGCCUAUGGCUUCAGCCCCCACCAGAUUGCGCAGCUUUUUCUGGCUGGCUUUGGAGCUGCGAUGUUCUGCAGCAGCUUCGUUGGUGGACUAGCUGAUCGCUAUGGCCGCAAGCGCGGCUGCAUUGCAUACUGCUUGCUGUGCAUUGUGUCCUGUGCUACGAAGCACUGGAAGAGCUACUGGAUCCUCAUGGUCGGACGAAUCACCGGAGGCUUCGCUCAGUCUUUGCUCUUCUCCUGCUUCGAGUGCUGGAUGGUCUCGGAGCACGAGGUGCGCAACCAAUUCUGCUCCAGCCUCCUUCCCAGCAUGUUUGGAAUGAAGUUCAGCCUCAUGUACCUGGUGGCGAUCUGCUCGGGCUUCGUGGCGCAGUGCGGCGCGGACUCCGCCAGGUUUGCACCCCUAAGCGAGGAUUCCUUGUUCCAUCUUGGAGGCAACCUGGUUCCUUUUGACAUGGCCGCCUGUGUUCUCGUGGUUGCCCUGGUGAUCAUCAGCAUGCUCUGGGAGGAGAAUUUCGGGCACACGGCACAAGUUGAGGGGGUGCCCCUCUGGGAGGGCCUCAUCAGCAUUUGUCGUAGCAAGCCGCUGCUGAAACUGGGUGUGGCGACUGCCUGCUUCGAAAGUGCCAUGUACUCCUUCGUCUUUAACUGGACGCCAGCAUUGGAGUCUGAAGAUGAGAUGCCUCCCCAUGGCGUCGCCUUCGCUUUGAUGAUGAUGGCGUGCAUGUGUGGCGCCUCCGUUUCGACCCUGAUCUCCGACAGGGUCUCUGCGCUUCGACGGCUGCAGCUCGUUGCUGCCAUGGGAUUUGGAGCCUUCGCCGUGGCUGUUGCAGCCCUAAGGCGAGGAGGAGGCCACGUCUGCUUCUGCAGCUUCCUCCUCUUCGAGUUCUGUGUGGGCAUCUACUUCCCGGCAGCAGGCACUUUGAAGAGCAAGUUGGUUCCAGAGCGGAUCCGGGUCACCGUGUACAACAUGUACAGGGUGCCAAUGAACGCUGCGGUGGUCAGCCUGCUCCUCACGAACUUGAGCACGAGCCUUUGCUUCAGGGUUUGCUGCGCUCUCAUGGGCAUCCUCUUCUUGGCAACGCUUGGUCUCCUCCCCGACGACCCAGAGUCGGUGCCGGAAGACUCCGGCAAGGCGAAGUGA